AUGUCCCAAGGGGGCUAUGGCUACAUAGGCUCUCAAUUGUACCCUAGAUCCUUUACGUUUGUCAAUGGACGUCAGGCACAAGUGCACCCACCAACUCUGAGCCAAUCAGCUUUUUCUAAAAUAGAUGCUACCAGUGAAGCCCAACAUGCUACUAGUAUCACCAAACCCUUCCAUAAUUGACAGUGCUAGCUUUUCCCAAAGUGGAGGUAGCCCUAUAUGCUAUUCCCCUGGUAAAGUGGCAGAUACUCAGGCUAGAAGUGCUUUCAGCAGAAUUCAACCUCAUAGUAGGUUUGGUUCUUUCCUGAAUGCAGUAGCCUCCACUGCAACUCAACCUACCCAAGUCCCUCUGAGCCUGCAGAGAGAGAAACUUUGCCUUAUAGUCCUGCACCUGGCCAGUCUUUGAAAACCAAGAGUAGCUACUGUUUGUCCUGGGCUAAGAAACUCAUCCAGAGGUCAGAACGGAGGAGCCAGAGGUCAAAAUGGAGGAGCCAUAGGUCAGAACGGAGGAGCCAGAGGUCAGAACAGAGGAGCCACAUGCGGUUACAAACCUGA